AACAAGUUGGGGCCGUGGCCACACAGGAAUAAAGGAAGGACACUUUUGAGCACGAGAGAGGGAGGUGCUGCGGUUGCGAAGUCAUAACCAUAGCGUACAUCAGAAAUGCAAAAUGUAUGGUCAAGGUGAAAAUGGAGCACUACGACGAGGGAAACUAGUUGAAAGUUAAGGAAACCGUAUCAACAUGAAAAAUAGGCCAUAACCCUCCCAAGCUGAACAGCUGCACAGGAAAGCCCAGACUGACAGUAGUAGAAGAUGGACCAGGCCUUUCCCGGUCUCCAGACCUCAGCCACUGAGCUCCAACUCAGGGUGGACUUCUUCAGAAAGUUGGGCUACUCCCCCAUAGAGGUUCGGGCCGCCCUGCUGAAGCUAGGCCUGAGUACAGACACCAACUCUGUACUGGGGGAGUUGGUCCGUAGCGGAGCCAGCACUGGUACUUCCAACUCCACCAUUCCUGAGAGUGUUGAAGAUACUACUGGCCCCAUAAGCCACAAAGGCUCCAACAUGGCCUCCUCUAGGACCCAUGGCUCCCCAGGAGACAGACCAGUCUCAUUACUGGAAGACAGCAGGGACACAGACAGUGGACUGAAACCUAUCGUCAUUGACGGCAGCAAUGUGGCCAUGAGGAUUCAAAAAUCUGGAAAAUAGCAUUGCGUCAGUUAGGCUGGAUGAUGUGCGAAAAUUGAGGCAAACUGACCGGCUCAACGUUGAACUCGUCAUCUUUCUUCUCGAAUCCAGAGGACAUAAAACAGUAGAGAAACAACUUUGCAGAAGAACACUACAUGUAAAAUCCAAAACAGUUGCAGCAAGGAGCGUCAACGCUCUGUCAAAAGAGCUCAGUGCUUAUUAUUGGAUAUAUUAGGAUACGAAAUCAGACUUUUUGGAUAUAAUGUUAAUGAUAUGUGAGAGAAAGACCCAACUGAAUGAUUUAGAACAUGAAGAAUCAUAUUUGUCUUGGUAAAAUUAAUUUUAUAAUAUAAGGAAUUGAAAUUUCAUCACCAAAGCUCGUUUUCACCCACUCACCCUACCAUGUAAUGUUUUCAUGUUUUGCCAAAGUGUUUUGUUGUUUUAUCUGUAUUUUAUAUUUAUUGUUCAAAGGUCUCUUUGCAAGUGUUAUUUAGCAUUGAUAUACACUACCAGGGUCACAUAGAAAUGGCCUUGUAAAGCACAUUGAAAAGCACAUUUUGUCCAUUAGAAUAACAUCAAAUUGAUCAGAAAUAUAGGGUAUACAUUGUUAAUGUUGUAAAUGACUAUUGUAGCGGGGAACGGCUAUUGUUUCUUUUUUUAUGGAUUAUCUACAUAGUCGUACAGAGGCCCAUUAUCAGAAACCAUCACUCCUGUGUUCGAAUGGCACGUUCCAAUGGAUCGCCAGCAUCCCGGAGUCGCCUCUUCACUGUUGACGUUGAAACUGGUGUUUUGCAGUCAUGGUAACAAGGAAGUGUUCUCCUGUAAGGGAAUUGAGUUGGCAGUGAUCUAUUUCCUGGAUAGAGGUCACUCAACCGUCAUUGUGUUUGUGCCCUCCUGGCGCAAGGAGCAGCCCAGGCCUGAUGUCCCCAUCACAGACCAACACAUUCUAAUGGAGCUAGAGAAGAAGAAGAUAGUUGUCUUCACGCCCUCGAGACGUGUCGGUGGUAAACGGGUGGUCUGCUACGACGACCGUUUUAUUGUGAAGCUGGCCUACGAGUCGGACGGCGUGAUCGUGUCUAACGACACCUAUAGGGACCUCCAGGGAGAGCGUCCGGAGUGGAAGCGCUGUAUCGAGGAGAGGCUGCUUAUGUACUCUUUCGUCAAUGACAAAUUCAUGCCCCCAGAUGACCCGCUUGGUCGUCAUGGUCCCAGUCUGGAGAACUUCCUGAGGAAGAAGCCUCUACUACCAGAACACAAACGCCAACUCUGUCCUUAUGGUAAAAAGUGCACGUAUGGCGUAAAGUGUAAGUUCUACCACCCUGAGCGCACUCACCAAUCUCACUGCUCAUUGGCUGAUGAGCUCAGGGAGAAGGCAAGGCUCUCCUCAGUAAAAGAGGACCGGAAUCACACGACGUCACACCUGAGGGGCCCCCAGGCCGACCCGAGCCCCUUUCCCUCCUAUUCUCUGGAGAAUGACCUGGAGCACAGGCUGACGUUGGAGCAUCGCGGUUCCCUGAGGGAGGGUCCCAAUAGCCAGGUAACUGAGAACAUGUUUAUGUCCUGGGAUGGGCCACACUCCAGUAGGAACCAGAAGGCCCGCAGCCCCACAGCAGUAGACCAAGGACAAAUGGACUGGCCCAAUAUGCCCAGUAUGUUCUCCCCCUACGCUACUACUGACCUCCCCUAUGCCAGCAUCUCCCAUGAGUGCAUGGACUCUGGUUUUGGCACCUAUGAGAGCCAGUACUCGGAUGUGUCCCAAGGCCACAGCAAGGCCUUCAGUCCCAGGCAGCAGCAGAAACAACAGGGUUCCAGACAUCCAGGCAUGCAUUCAGAGAGGCUGGCCCAGGACAGCCUCCAGCCCUGCAGGUGUUGUUUCCAUUUGGCUCCCUUCACAGGUCCCCAGCAGCAGCACCACAGCAACCCACACCUCGAGUCCCAAUCCCAGCCAAGGUAUGACACCUACUCGCCUCCUCUGUUCCCACCCAACAUGCACCACUACAGCCUCCCCUGCAACUUCCAGCAAGGCAGGGUGGGGGCACAUAAUUUCCACCCCCAUCAGCACCCCCAGAAGUACUGGUCAGACCCCUUCCAUGGUGGGGUCCCCCAGGCUAGGGCAUUGUGUAGCCUCACCCCGAGCCCCCACCAUCACCCCCCAACCCCGCAUGGAGCCCCCCACUCAUGCUCCUCUUACAGGAAUCAGCAGGAACUCAACUCCUGGGCCCAGCCACCUCCACCUUCUGCCUUUGACACAGACAGAGAGGAGCUCCGUAAGAAACUGCAGGCCAUCUUCAACCCCCACCAAGUAGAUACGGUCAUGGGGAUGUUCCCUCACCUGAUGGAUGCCCAGAAGCUGGCUGCAGAGAUCCUCAAUUUCAAAUCUGAUGCGGGGGCCUUCUGAUGCCUCUAAGCAUCUUGUCUACGGGGUUCAUUCAGGGUUGAGAAGCUUGCACAACUCUAACUUCCACAUAAAUCAUUAAUUGAUUUCAAUGGGAUACUUGUGUGAAAAUGUGCCUUGGGUAAUUAUUCUCUUGGUCUUUUCCUUUGUAAUUUACUGUAACUGAUUGAAAGGGCAAUGUUUUAUUGUUGAUGUUGUCCUUCCUUAGCAGUCAUGUGCUUGCAUAGCUUAUGUUAAAUCCAUGACAGGUUGUGUGUGCACAGUUUGGGAGAAGUGUAGAGAAUUGGGAUGAAUCCCCUGUCGUGUUCAACUGGAUUAUUAGAAAUUUAUUGAAAGUUGUAUACAUUUAUAACAGUGUAGUCAAAUCUUGCCUCUAGACUCAAUACUACGGCAAAGGUGAAUCUAGAGUGUUUGACUGUUGAUGCAUAUUGUAUCAUCAUUUGGGAUAUACCGUAUGUGAUCUCUCGUUUGUCUGAAAUUCUGCUCUCAUGUAAUAAGAAAUAAUUGUCUCAAAUAAUGUCCUUGUCUGAAAUUACACCUUUUACUAUUGUGUUUUUUUAAUAUUGUGGUUCUGAUGGCCAUAAUGUAUUUCCUGUCUCAUAGACCAAUAUGUUCCUUAUUCCAUCUCUUUAUGCAGUGUGGAAUACAAUGGUAUACAUUUUUCCCGUGUCUAAAGCUACGCCCAAAGAACCCCAAAUACUAUACAGUAUCCUUCUAACCAAGAUAAUAAGUUGUAGAAGCUGCCAAAGAAACUGAAUUAAUGUUGGAAAUGCAACAUGUCAAUGACCCAAAUAUUGUAAUUCUCCCAUAGACCAGAAUGUGAUGUUCUCAGCAAGAUAAUGUAUAAAAAUGUGUUAUGUAAUAUGUACAGUAUGUCCUGUGAAGGUCUCGUAUAUCACCAAAGACUGGGUAAAUCCAAUAGAUAUUUUAAAGUAACUGUCCAGUGUUUCAAGAUUUCUAUGAAAUAAUACCUAUAAUUAUUUACAAUACAGUUGGAGUGAUUUUAGUUUUCCUUCCAAAAUGUUUUUAAGUAUGUUAAAAAACAGCUUUUCUGUGUUGGAAUGGUGUGGGUGUACCCCAACAGAAUGGUGUGGGCGUAUACCGGUAUAAAAAAAUAUUCAUGCGAAUAGACUGCUGAUUGGCCAGCUCAAGCUCAAUGACGAUGACCUCAUCCUCUAUGUGGAAAUAGCAAGCAUUUUUUAAACUGUCUGUUUGAGUUUAAGGUUGUUGUUUUUUUUGGUGUUUUCUCCAGUUUAUGCUUUGACCACAUGAGUCAACAACAUUUAUUUGCGUGUGAGUUAACUUAACUUCUUAUGGCUGGGGGCAGUAUUGAGUAGCUUGGAUGAAUGAGGUGCCCAGAGUAAACUGCCUGCUACUCAGU